AUGUUAUGUUUCUCAGAUGAUUUCGUAGUAAGACCACUGGUAAGAGAUGACAAGUUGCCUCCCAAACGUGACUGGGAACAUAAUGUCAGCAGCCCCCUUUUAAAUAGAAGGGUUGGAGAUGACAAGUUGCCUCCCAAAUGUAACACGAAGACUUUGUUUAUUCGCAAGAUCGGGGACGAGAAAUCACUUCCCAAAGAUGCUACUAUUGGAGAUGACAGAGAAAAGACACAAAUUGCUAAGGUUUCUCCAAAGCAUGUCUGCAAAUAUUGGAUGAAUGGCGAUUGUGUUCGUGUUAGAUUAUUUAAAUCGCAUGAUGGUGUAAUUUUUGCAUGGAGAGGCAGUUCUAAAUCCAAUUCCCCUUUUGAACUGGUUGCAUCACUACGCGGACACACUAAAUCUGUUGUUUGCCUGGCUGUUGGAUGUAACAAGAUGUUGUACUCAGGAUCCAAGGAUCAAAGCAUCAAGGUUUGGGACCUACACAAAUUUGAGUGUAAAAUGACACUCAAUGCACAUACAGGAGAAGUCACAUCCCUUAUUUGUUGGGACAAAUUCUUGCUAUCCGGUUCAUCAAACUGCACUAUCAAGGUCUGGUAUAAAACCGCCGAGGAUCCUUUGGAAGUUGCAUAUUCACACAAUGUAGAAAACAUUUUUUAACAUUUUUUAAGAAAUUAGAGGUUUGUUGUGUGGGAUCGAAUUGUGGAAAGCAAUUGCUUCUCCAGGGCGUGGUAUUUUGGCCAUGGAUGAAUCCAAUGCUACAUGUGGAAAGCGGUUGGAUUCAAUUGGACUAGAGAACACCGAAGCUAACCGUCAAGUAUGGCGUAAAAUUAUAUAUGAAGAAAGUGUUAUGACUUGGUUAAAAUAUAAUUUUUAUGUGUAUGAUUUUAUAGUACUUGAAAUAUUAUGAAUGCACAUGAUUUUGUAUA